UCCACUCAAAAGCAGGGUCUGGGGAUGGGAUGUACACAGACUUGUCCUUUACCCCAAAGAGUAGAGCAGUUGUUUUCGUGAUCUAACUACGGACUCGUGAACCAUAAAAAAGAAUGAAGUUCUCUAAUCUAUCCAAACUAUUAUGUUGAGCUAAAUCAAAAUUCUGAUAUUGAUAUGAAAUACUAUAGAUAGAGAAAAGCAAUUGUCAGUAACACUUACUAUUUUGCAGUGGUCUUGGGAGUUCUUUCAUGAACAUUAAAUACUUUGCUGAAGCAAGUAUUUCAGCAGCUGUCAUUAGUGAAAUGAUUGACAGAAUCCCAGCCAUAGAUUCUGCAGAUCAACAGGGCACAACUAUAUCCGCUGUAAAAGGAGAACUGGAGUUCAAAGACGUCGAUUUUGCAUAUCCAUCAAGACCAGAGAGCUUAGUCCUGAGAAAAUUCAACCUGAAAGUGAAGGCUUGCCAAACUGUUGGAUUAGUUGGUCGCAGUGGCUCUGGUAAAUCAACAGUGAUAAAUCUGCUUGAAAGAUUCUAUGAUCCCCUCGAGGGAGCGGUCCUGCUAGAUGGCAUCAGCAUAAAGUCACUCCAGUUGAAUUGGCUACGUAGACAACUAGGGUUAGUGAGCCAGGAGCCUAUACUUUUCGCAACCUCAAUCCGAGAGAAUAUCCUGUUUGGGAAAGAGGAUGCUACAAUUGAAGAGAUUGAAGAGGCAGCCAAAAGAGCCAAUGCACAUGACUUCAUCACACAACUACCGAAGGGUUAUGACACACUGGUGGGACAAUUAGGAACUCAAAUGUCUGGAGGGCAGAAGCAACGGAUUUCUAUUGCCAGGGCCCUGCUUAGAGAACCAAAAAUCUUGCUCCUGGAUGAGGCCACAAGUUCAUUGGACUCACAUUCUGAGAUGGCUGUGCAGGAGGCUUUGACUCAAGCAUCAGUAGGAAGAACAACAAUUAUCAUCGCACAUCGUUUGUCUACACUUCGUGAUGCAGAUUUAAUUGUUGUGAUUCAAUCAGGGGAAGUAACAGAGUCUGGGUCACAUGACCAACUUAUUCGAAACACUGGUGGACCAUAUUCGGUCAUGGUGCAGCUACAGAAGACAUUGGUUGUGGAUGGAAAAACUUUAUCACCGUCUCAAGGAAUCAAUAGUAAGACAUUAGUCUCUCCAGCUAUAGAUGAUGAAGCAACGACAACAGAGAACACAGGACUGAUAGUAACUAGUUUCGGUCUCAAAGAAGCAACCAACCAACAGAUAGAUGAAGAAGAUAGUCAUCCGUCGUGGCGACACCUGAUCCAGAUGAAUGCACCUGAACGGAAUUCAGCUCUAAUGGGUUGCAUCGGGGCUCUACUUAACGGACUAAUUCAACCAAUACUCGCUUUCUUUCAGGGUGCAAUGCUGUCUAUGUUCUUUCUCAGUGACCAUGAUGAAAUUCGGUCUCAAACAAGAAUAUUAUGCUAUGCUUUCUUAGCCAUUGCUGCCUUUGCUUUCAUCUUCAGUGUGAUUCAACAUUACUAUUUUGGAAUUAUGGGUGAGAAUCUGACAAAAAGGGUCAGAGAGGUGAUUUUUGCAAAGAUGAUGACUUUUGAGAUCGAGUGGUUUGAUCAAGAAAAUAACAGUACUGGGGCCCUAUGCUCAAGACUUGCUACAGACACAAUCAUGGUAAGAAACCUUGUAGCAGAUAGAUUAGCAUUCUUUGCCCAGGCAAUCUCAGCCUCAGUUUCAGCAGUUAUCUUGAGUAUGAUAUUGUCUUGGAAACUAGCUUUUGUUGCUAUAUCAUUGCAACUAGUCAUCAUUGUCAGCUUCUACAUGAAAACCCUAAUAACAACAAACCCACAGAACAAAAGCAGUGAGAUAGCAAGUGAAGCUGUUAAUAACCAUAGAAUCAUUAGCGCGUAUCACUCCCAAGAGCAGGUUAUGAGACUCUUUGCGGACACACAGAAAGGUCCUAAGAUGAAGAGCGACAAGCAGCACUGGUAUGCAGGGAUGGGUUUGUUCGCUCGACCAUUUCUAACUAACAUUAAUAUCGCCAUCCUGUACUGGUACGGAGGAAAGCUUCUUUACCAAGGCAAUAUCACAUACAAACACCUAUUCCAAACAUUCUACAUUGUGGUAUCAGCAGGUAUGAUAAUUGCUGAAACCGGGAGCAUGACUGGGGACUUGACCUUGGGAAAGAAUGCUUUAAAAUCCUUGUUCAUGAUUUUAAAAAGGCAAAGCCAUAUGGGAACUCUAAAACAGCAUGUAGUAUACCCACUAAAGAUAGAAGGGCACAUACAACUAAAAGAGGUGGAUUUCUUUUACCUGGCCAGACCAACAAAGAUGGCCCUUAAAGCUCUGAGCUUGAAGAUCGAUGCUGGAGAAGUUGUUGCACUUGUUGGAACAAGUGGAUCAGGAAAAUCAACAAUCAUUGGGUUGAUCCAGCGAUUUUAUGACCCGUCUAAGGGAUCUGUGGAAGUGGAUGGAGUAGAUAUCAGCUGCUACGAUCUGAGAGCAUUAAGGUCAUGUAUUGCAUGGGUUAGCCAGGAGCCAACCCUAUUUGCAGAGACAAUAAAAGAAAACAUUGCCUAUGGGAAAGAGAAUGCAACAGAAGCUGAGAUAAUUCAAGCAGCAAGUCUUGCCAACAUCCAUGAAUUCAUAAGUUCAAUGAAAGAUGGAUAUGAUACUUACUGUGGUGAAAGAGGCGUGCAAUUGUCAGGUGGGCAGAAGCAAAGAAUCGCCAUUGCUCGAGCAAUCCUGAAAAAUCCAGCCAUUUUACUCCUGGAUGAGGCAACUAGUGCAUUGGACCUCAAAUCAGAGGCUCUUGUCCAAGAUGCUCUAGAAAAUACCAUGGUUGGUAGGACCUGUGUGAUCGUAGCUCAUCGAUUAUCUACAAUUCAAAGAUCAAACAGAAUAUCAGUGAUCGACAAUGGCAGGGUUAUAGAAGAGGGUUCUCAUGAUGAUCUACUAGCCAAAGGAGAAGAGGGUGCAUACUAUUCACUUUUCAGUCUUCAACAGCAAGCUUCCAUAAGUAGAGACUAGUGACUCCAUAGUUGAAGUAUGGAGCUCUGGUGCAUGAUCAUGUAAUAGGGUUGUGUAAACAGCCUUAGCCUUCCAUAUAUUGUUCCUAGCUCACCUCAGAUGUAGCUUUGGUGUAUAAGCAAAGAGGUUAAUCCAUUCUUUAUUUUCAACUUUGAAACUAGUACUAUCCAAAUAUAAAAUUUGAGGUGAGUUUGUAAYAAGAUUAACAACUUUCGACUUCCAGUACCUGCAAUGAAGUUUGAUAUGGCAGCUA